AGGCCCACUCCGUGACGCAGUUUUCUUCGAUGGUUUCUCUGUAGGAAGCCAUAAAAGGCCAUUUCAUCCUGAAUCUUCUCCUCAUCUCUCUCUUUUUCUUCUCUCUCUCUCUUUGGACAAAGAAGUAGAAGGAGCAGGACAUGAUUGUUCGCUGUCUCCACUUUUGACUUUCAUUCAUCUCUUAAAAUCUAAUUGACCAAUAAACAAAUCUGGCCGAUCUAACCAUGGACCUUGCCGAAGAUGAGACGGGGCAUCUUCCUGGAUGGUUGACAUCGACAGUAUCCCCCAUGUCGGACUAUACAUCUGACAUCCUCAAUACGACAGAAUCACCCAAGAGUGGUCGGCCUGUGACCUUUGACCGUGACGUCCGUAUCGUCUCUCUCUGGUUUCUUUUCGUCCUUGGAUUAUUCGGGAAUAUGUGCGUGUUCAUGUGGCUCUGGAUGAACAGACGGCGCAAGUCACGGGUUAAUAAGAUCAUCUUUGGUCUAGCUGCAGCCGAUCUCUGCGUAUGCAUCUUCACCAUUCUAGGAUCAGCUUUAUUCGAGAUGCUCUACUACCAAUGGCUGGCUGGUAAUUUCAUGUGCAAGAUUAUAAUGUACAUGCAGACAGUUUCCAUCAUGGCUUCGAGUAACAUGCUAGUCUUGAUAGCCAUUGACCGUCACCAAGCUGUCAGGAGUCCUCUAAAAGAAGGACUUCCCGCCUGGCGCAUGGUAAUGGCAGCUUGGGGAUUCGCGCUUUUCCUCUCCGUCCCUCAGCUCUUCCUCUGGCGUGUCAAGAAACAUGGCAACAUUGAAACAUGCGGAACCGAUUUCAAACUUCGUCCAGACUGGCACCGCAUGGCCUACCUUUCCUACGCCGCCGUCGUCACGUUCUUCAUCCCAAUCUUGAUCAUUUCCGUAGCAUACGCUCGAAUCUGCAAGAAGAUUUGGGACAAAGCCCACGACACCUCAUUCGGUCGGCGACCUGUUGGUGACUUCGUCCAGCGUGGCGGCAAGAUGCGCAUUCAGAGUACGGGAUCAACCUCGCUAAACCGCGCCAAGAGUAAGACCCUCAAAAUGUCGUUCGUCAUCAUUCUUGCUUUCGUUAUCUGUGGACUUCCGUACUUUAUCGUCGAGAUCAUGAAAUGUUAUAACGUUUACAAGAUUCACCGCUUUGUAUAUGGUCUUCUGGGAAUCUUCGCCGCGUCCAACUCUUCGGCGAAUCCUUACAUCUUCCUCUUGUUCAACAGGGGUAAGUACGGACGAUGGGCAGACUGUUCUACUGGGUUCUACAGUGGCAUCAGGAGACUUAAUAGACGACAUACCGAAUUCGAUGCUCCUCGUGCGAAUUCAUCCUCAAGCAAUUCUCACUUCGAAACCAUGAAAACGAUAGUGGACAGUAAUAAUGCAUCAUUCAAGGGAAGAAAUGGAACAGUACCGAAUAGGAACAUUUACAAACCGGUCCCUCAAAUACGAGAACACAAAGUUUAGCAUGUUGACAUUGUAUAGGAGAAAGACUCAACAAUGCAGCACAAAACAUUUAACUUGCCUUCAUGCAUAAGCUUAUG